AUGCCUUCCGGCCCCAAGAGUUCACGAUCCGCUUCACCCUCGAGAUCUGAGUCGUCGCGCAGAGGCCGCGAUGCCGCCUCCGCCGCCGCCGCCGGUAUCCCCAAACCCAACCCGGCAUCAUCGGCGGCAUCCGGCUCCCGCGACGACCUCAGUAGCGAUGGAAAAGCAGACUCUGCCACCCCUCCUCGCCUCUCCUUCAAUCACCUGAAGCAGGGCGAGAGCCAUCAACGCAUUCGCCAUGGCGCAAAGCAGCUGCUUCGCCUGACGGAAAACUUCGCCGGCUACAAUGGCCCCGGCCCCGACGGUGGUUAUGACACCACCAACGACCAGGCUCUGCCCAGCGAUAGCGACAUACGCGCCAUGACCAGGCUGUCACAUGGCAUCGCUCGCGACAUCAGCCAGAUCAUGGCCCUCCGGAAGGAUGAUCCGGGCCAACACAAGCGAAAGAGCGUGGAGGAGCAGUUCGGCGCAGUCGGCCCUUCCACCAGCCAGGCCGGCAUGGCCAUGCCCGACUACGCGAGCACCGCCGGCCGCACCAAGAACCGCCGCAAGGUUGAAUUCUCGUGCCACAAGUGCCACCGCGUCGAUACCCCCGAGUGGCGGCCCGGCCCGGACGGCCCCAGCACCCUCUGCAACGUCUGCGGCUUGAUUUACGCAAAGAGAGAGCGCAAGAAAGAAGGUUCCACCAUGCCGACCUUUGGUUCUCCCAACUUUUCUUGA